GGCGGGGGGCGAGCGAGCGGACGAGAGAAAGGGACGGUCCUGCCCUGUCCCCCCGUGUCCCUGUCCCGCCGUGUCCCUCUCCCGCCGUGUCCCUGUCCCGCCGUGUCCCUGUCCCGCCGUGUCCCUGCCCCGCCAUGUCCCUGUCCGUCCCUUCCCGUCCCCUCCCGGGGGUGGGCGCUCCCGGCUGGGCAGCGCGGGAAGCUCCGAGCGCCGGGAGUUCAGGCUGUGGUUAACAGGUGGCCGAGGCGGCUCGGAACUGGGAACAGGCGGCCCCCGCAAGCCUUAAGAUCUGAAGCGCUCUGCCAAUUUUUUUUUCAUUUGUAAUAAUAAUGAUAAUGAUAAUAAUAAUAAUAAUAAUAAUAAUAUGCAGGAGGUGGCAUUGUUCAUUUGGGUGAUGUGUAGAAUUUCAGCUGUAGAAAAGCUUGUUUCUCCUUUGUGAGUUUGUAACGGAGUGAUUCCUUCUGUAUUCAAAAGCAGAACAGCUAAAAAGCACACUGACUACUGAGCAUUUGAAUGAAUGUAAGAAUUGAACUGAAAAGUUUAUAAAAGAAAGGUUGGAGAAAAAAACCCCAUCAGAUAAGUUUGUUGUGUGUUUGUUGUGUGUUUGUUGUGGGGUUUUUUUGCUUUUUUUUUUUCCCUCUCCAGGUAACAUCUCUCUUCCUUUGUGAUUUCAGACUGAAGGGAUGAACAUCUCCAUACAGCCUUAGAUUACUUCUCCUGCUCUGUCUUGCCUUCUUCACUUUUUCCAUGUGAUCUUCCUUAGUCUGUUGAUUCUCAUAUUUUCCCCCUGCCCCCUCCUUCCCUCCCUUCCUUCUCCCUUAACUCUCUCUGUCUUUAACAGUUGUCAUCUCAGUGGUUUCUUCCUCUGGCCUCAGCCUCUGUUGACAGUGAAUGGUGUGUAAGUUCAGGUCCCUCUCCUGAGCUGUCUGCCAUUCUUUUUUUGCUGGAAACAAUCACCUCAAUGACAAGCUCACAAAACUUCCCUCUGAGCAGUCCCUGUUCCCUGACAUUUGCCUUUUUAUCCUGUCAUAUCACCUUGUUUGGCACAUAAAACUGGACAAUGACUGGAAGUGUAGACACACCACAAGUUUGGAACUUCUGUGACAGGUGUAGCUCGUAGAGAAAUGGGACAGCAGUGGCAAUGCUGCCUCAAACUGCCUCAGCAGGGCUGGUUGGACUUUGUUGGAGAGACAGCACUGAGGCACUUCUGUUUCCAGGUGUGUUUCCCAGCCCACUGCUCUCUCUUGGAGUGUCUCCCUGUUUUGGUCUGUUCCUCUCAUUUGAGCUUCCCAGAGGCUGUGCACACAGGGGUGCAGAUUUAUGUAAUCACUGUGGAAACAAACAGAUGUUUUGGUUUCUACUUAGAGAUAAUCAGGUAAUAGUCCACAAUUCUGGUUGUUUUUCUUGUCCCUUUGUGGCUUUCUAUUCAGGUUCUUAAUCAGAAUGUCAAGAUAAUUUUGACCACAGGAGUAAAUGCCUGGAAAAAUGCCAGGGGAAUGGCAGGUCUCCAUUGACUGAGGCCAGCCUGGCUCCAUUCUUGUAAAAAAUAAUGAGAUAAUCUGGGUGUAUCAAUCACAACCAAAUGUGUAUCAAUGAAAUCAAGCUAUUGCAAGAAUUUUAUUUUUUUUUAAGGAAAAAGCCUCAGAAUAUUAAGAGCUGUACACAAAGUAUUUUGCUGCCUACUCUUUCCCUGGUCACCCAUCUACACUUUGUCAUGGAAAAGGUGAAGCACAGAUCAUACUCUUUCAGCUUGUUCAAGAAUUUAAAUCAAAUUUAAAGUCUUUGACUCUAUAAUAGCAGCAAUUACUGGCAAAAUUAUACUACAAAUCUUACUGCAAAUUAAUGAAGGCUUUAUUCUGUGUACUCACUGCAAUGGACUGUGGUUGUACUGGUUCAGUGAUGUUUUCCUGGCAUCUACUUACUUAUAUUGUGUUAUAAGUUACUUAUAACACAGAGACAUGGCAGGGUUAAGAAUGGGAAAAUUCAGACACAUGCCUGUGAGCUGUCUGAUUUACCUGAGGAGAAAUUUGUAUUUGAGGCACUACAAUAAAUUGUUUGCUUCUUCAGCAGUGCUGGAGGGAAGACUUAGAUUUGAAGAUGGGGGCAAAAAUCCCCCAGGUCUUGUUUGAAACAAUCCCAGACCUGUCUGACUUUGUAUGAACAGCUCCAUUUCAGUGAGUGCUUAAAAUUGUCACUGAACCAAUAAAGACAAUAUUUCUGCAUUAAUUUGUAGAAUAACUCCAAAAUUUAAGAAAAUAUUUGGUGCAUCAUAUAGGUUGGAAAUUUUAAAUAAAAUAUCUAUAAUUUUGUUUUGUUACUUCUUGAGGAAAUGUAAUAUGUGAUUCAAAUGAAGAAGCUCAUGUGUUAUUUCGCAUCUGAGAGAUUAUGGCUUCCAGACCCUGUGUGGGUGAAAGCACAAGCUGAAGUCUUUUCCACCAUAGCACUGUCAGACCCCAGCUGUGAGAUACCCGAGUGUGGGAGUAGCUCUGAUAGAUUUAUCAUACCUGUUUUGUUUGGGUUUUAUUGUCAUCCCUCUCAGCUGGUUUAUCUUGCUCUGGCUUCAGCAGGGGCUGGGAACAGAGCUAUUUCUGCAGGGAGAACAUUGAGAAGUGAAGAGGUGCUAUGGGAAGCGUGCUGUGGCUUGUACUUCAGAUCAGAGGAACGCUGCGUGAAGAUUAGAGAAUUAUUUUGUAAUGGGAGAGGGGAAAUUGUCACUGGCUUCCACUCCACUUGUCAGCCUCAGCUUUGUGGUGACAUUUCACACAUGCAAAGCUGAAACAGAGCUAUGAAAUGAGGCCUGAACACACUCAUCCAUUUUCUGGGCUGUGCAACCCUACAAGCACUGCAUGAAAGCUGGAGCCUGGCACGCUGCAGGUUGGUGCGGCUGUCUGUGCAGCCCCAGUGCCUCUCUGGGGCCCAGGCCACUGACACCAGGGGAGCCCAGGUAAUUUUAGCUGUGAAUCAGUCCUGAGUUUCCCAGGAACAACCACACAAGGGUGGUUCCUUCCUUCAGCCUUUCCCCUGUUACAAAUGGUUGGUUUAGGUGGGGUUGUUUGAAGCACACCUGGGUGUCUCUGUUCUUGGGUACAGUUGGGUUUUCUGGCUGCACUGAGCGCUCUGCUUCCAAUAUUCCUUCAUGACUUGCACACUAGCCAGCUAGAGUCAAUCUAGUUUGGUAACCCUCUGCAAUGAAACAGUUUCUCAGGGAGGUUUUUUUUGCUUUCAAAUUGAAUACCAUCCUUCAGUUACAAAAAGUGGCAGUGUUUGUUCUGUCCCUUCUGUGGAGGCUGGAUUUUUUUUCUAUAGAUUCUUAUGUGGUAGCACAAAUGGGAGGUAUUUUAAAAGCUGCUCUCACAAGUAGGUCCUAUUCUGAUGGAGCCAUUCCAGUUGACCUGCAGUGUGCUGAUCAGUAAGAGUGGAUGGAGGGAGCUUACCUUUCUCUCUGCUCAGAACAAAGCAUUGGAUUGACAGACUUCAGCGCCAGAAAGGAAUUCAGAGCACCCCCAUCUCAGAAAGCACUGAGCUUUCUGUGAGAAUAAAGCUAAUAAAAAGAAUCUUUUAAUAAAACUUGAUUUACACUUUAAUCUUACCUCAUUAGUAGAUAUGUCAGGGAUCUUUCACUGAAGGGUUUUCUACAACAAAUCAGCCUGAGAGGUUAAAAAAUUGUAGUGAGAAAGGUUAAAAAAAAGUAAUAUGGUAAAUAACUGAGGGAAAGGUAGCCUUUCUUUUGGGAAGUGUUGAAUACAUAUAUAUAUAUACCACUGAUGUCAGCAUUUAUAACAUUACAGGACUGAAAAAGUCUCAGUGUUUUAAUGCUUACUGGUAGGGCUUCCUCCAGUCUGGUUGGUCAUGAGGGAACUUGGGUUUGCAGCUGCCAUACCCACACAUCUAAGAGGAGGCUGGCUUUUAGUGGGGAGAGGAUAACAGGCUCAGCACUGAUUGUGUAAUCCUGCCCUAGAUGCAGGAAAUAAAUGGAAUUAUGGCUAAUCUUUAUUACACUUAGAAAAUGCUGUCUCUUAAGACUGUAUGUUCUGGCUGUAAUCCAAAGCUUUUGGUACUGGAGUUAAGCUAAGCUUCAGUGUGCUUUGGGAGCAAGUCCCCACUAGCAGUUCCAUGUCCCUUUACUGUCAGUGCAAGCCUGAAACUUCUUAAGAGGAAUGCAGACAUUCUGUGAUACCAUGCUAAGUAUAAUUCAUCUGCCUUCUCAGACAAGGGUAAUGAGUGGUCUUAUGUAAUAUUUGCUUUAUUUAUUUUUCGAAUCAUAGAGUUGUCAGUGAACUCAUAGUAUGGUAUGAUUUUAUAUUAGUUUCUGCCUUAACUUCCAGGUGGCACCUGCUGAGUUGGACUGCUAAGUGGGCAUUAUUGUUUGCUUAUAUUGUUAUUUUCUAUAGGAAAAUAGUAGGCAAAUCCUUUUAGCCUUUAUUAAAUUUCACUUUAAAGUCAUAAUCUCAUCAGUUUUUAACUAGGUACAAACAGUAGCUAUACAGUUAGCAUGAAAAUUGUAUAUAGUGGUGUAGAGUUUGUGUGGGGUGUGUAAGAAGUUUGUUGUUAGAGUUUACAUUGCACAGUUAUAAGGAUAGUAAAAUUUAUGUCAUAUGAUGUGUAAUGUGGUGGUAUGAGACAAAGAUGUCUCUAACUGUAACCUCUCAUCCUUCAUUCACAGUUAAGCAGUGACUAAAACCAGCUUUUUUCCUUUCCGUUGUUAUUAACUCCUUUUGUGAUGGAUCCAACAUUACUCUUGUUACUUUAGUGCAAUGGCUCAGACAUUGCUGUUUGUGAACAUCAGUAGCAAACAUAACCACGGUUAACAUGGUGCUUUCUUUUGUCUCCAAGAAAAGACCUAUAUCAGAGUUAGCACUCAUGAUUGAUUUUAAAUUGUAAAGUCAGUUUUCAGAUCUUUCCCUCUCUCCCUCCCUCUCUCCCUCCCUCCCUCCCUCCUUCCCUCCCUCUUUCAUUUUUAUUGCUUGCUUUCCUCUCUUUUAUUGCAGGUGGGAUUGGGCAUUCCCCUGAAAAGACCACAAAUUUGAACUCAAACCCUGCUCACCUAGGGUACUGACAAUUAGCAAGAAACAAGGACCCUUAGGUCAGCUUUGGAGGUAGUUGUUGCUGGUUACAAGGAGAGUUUCAGACAUUCACAAAACCAGAUAUGCCUUUGUGGUCUCAGUGGUGGUGUAAGCCAUGAAGUUGUGUUGCAGACGUGGUGUGUGUUCAGUUUUGCUUUCAUUUUGAAAGGUCUGUGCUUGCUGAGGUGCGAGAUGUCUGCCCUGAGGCUGGUCUCUAACAGAACCUCCCAGCAGGCCCUGUCUAACUCUGAUUACACCUGGGACUACGAGUACUAUGAGUAUGGACCAGUGUCAUUUGAAGGCCUGAAGGCUCAUAAGUAUUCCAUUGUGAUUGGAUUUUGGGUUGGUCUUGCAGUUUUUGUCAUCUUCAUGUUUUUUGUCCUGACCCUGCUGACGAAGACGGGAGCACCACAUCAAGACAAUGCAGAACUUUCUGAAAAAAGAUUUCGAAUGAACAGCUUUGUGGCGGAUUUUGGAAGAUCUUUGGAGUCUGAGAGGGUCUUUUCUCACCAAAUGGUUGAAGAAUCCCAGUCACUUUUCCAUUUCUGCAUUAAUGAAGUGGACCAUAUGAACAAAGAAAAAGAGAGUCAGAAAGGUCCAAGUCUGGAGAGUAAUGCUCACUUCCAGGAGGUUCCCAAAAGCAGUGGAACAUUUGAGGAAGACCUACAUUGUCUUACAAAAUUUAACAUUCCUAACUUUGUGAACACUGAGCAGAACUCUUCACUAGGUGAAGAUGAUCUUCUCAUCUCAGAGCCACCAAUCAUUUUAUAAAGCAAACUGGUUAUGCAAUCUUCCCAUCGGAUGCUUUAUUGAAAAAAUAUUUUACUUUAAGGUAAACAUUCCCAUUAUUGUCCAGUUUGAAGCCUUUCUUGGCCUCCUGCUCUUUUGACAGAAGAUAAUUCAGACAUGUGCUUUUUAUUGUAUGCAAGACUGGCUGUACUGAUAGAACUGUUUAGCCAAGAAGUAAGACAUUGACUGCUUUAUUCUGAUGCCUUCUGUGAUCUAAAACUUCUGCUCAGUAUUAUUUUAGCUUUUUUAUUUAUUUUUUGUUUCUUUCUUGUAUUGUUCUUAAUUUUUAAAUGACUACUUAUGACCAGCUUCUGAAAGAUAAUAAUUUACACGGACUGUGAAGGCUGGAGCCUGGCACUGGGAGGUCUGUGAAAAUUCACUGGCCAAGAAAAGUGCAAAUCUCAAAGACUGAAGAAAGGAAUAAACAGCCCCUGGGGAGGUUCUGUAGUUUCUGCUACUCCCAAUAAGGAUGCCUGAAGCUGAGCAGCACAAUAAGUAUCUGCUUGGGACUAACUUCAAUUUCUGACCCCUAACUGCUUUUUAGUGCAGGUUAAACCAAAUUUACAAAGCUGCCAGAGGGAAUACCUUGCAAAUGAAAUAGUUUGGUUACAGUGUUUACAAAAUGCUGUCACUACCUGCUGCUGAGUAAAAGCAAACUGGUGCCUGUAAUUAUACAUCAGAAUGACACCUCAGCAGCUGACCCAUGAUGACAUGGAAUUUGUAUUCUACACACUAGCACAAACUGUGAUUUGAUUCUUUUUUUUUUCCUGUUAAUUGAUGAUAUGAACUUCCAGUUCAGUAAUUACAGGAUUCAGUAGUUUAAAUCACAGGAAAUAAGAAAAAAACCUAUUUUUCUUUUGCCAAUAAAGUUACUACAUGCA